AUGACAAUUACUACAGCAUCAAUUCCUGAAGAACUCAAGACAAACAAAUCAAUUACUCCAUAUAUUAUAAGAUCAAUAGAAUUAACUCAAGCUAAUCCUGUGGUUAGUUAUUAUUGUAAGAUAUAUGUAUUGGAAUAUAUCUUGACAAAUAAAUUACACACUACAUCUAAAGAGAUUGAAACAUUUACAAUUGAACUAUUAGAUGAUACGGAAUCAAUUAAAAAAGAUGAAACAGAUGAAAAUUUACACAAGAUUUUGAAUGAUAAACAAUUAUCAUUUAAUUUAGUAUUUUCAUUUAGUUAUAAAUUAUUCAAUUCAUGUUUAGAAGGAUUACUGGAAAUAACUCAAGAUAAUAAAUUACAAUUAAUUGGGAAAUUUAAAGCUACUUUAAAUUUUUUAAAUGUUUUGGAAGUUUUCAAAAAUCUGGAAAUUAAUUGGAUUCAAAUUACUGGUGGUAAAGCUAAUAAUUGGGAUGAAUUUGAUAAAUUAAAUAAAGAGAAAAUCAAAUUAUUGAAAUUUCAAUUAUCUAGAAUUUUAAAAAACCAAGUUGAAUUCAAAGAUGAAUUAAAAGAUGAAGAUUUGGAAAAAGAAUUAGAUCAAGAGUUACAAGAACUAGAUGAAGAGCAAGUGGGAAAUGAUAAUGAUAAUGAUGAUGAUAAUGACGACAAUGAAGAAGACGGAGGUAAUGAUAAGGAGAUUAAUUUACCUGGUGCUCCUAAUGAACUUCCUAAAUUUAUUGAUGAGAAUGAUGACCAAGGACAUCCUGAAUUACCACUGGCACCCAGAUUCAUUGAUGAAUCAACAGAAACAGAUCAACCAGAGGAUGAUAAUGAUACAGUUAAAUUACCAGGUGUACCACAUAUUUCACCUGAUGUUCAAGAGGAAGAGGAUGAAUCAAUGAAAUUACCAGGAGCUCCGAAAUACUUACCAGAUGAUGAUAUAACACAUAUAAAUAAAUCAUCAACUAUUCAUGUAUUCACACCAUCAGAUAAAUCAACUAAUAAACCUGACCCAAGUAUUAGAAAACCAUCAUCUUCAUCAUCGUCUACUCAUAAACAUCAUGCUCCGUUAACGAAAGAGAAUAUUAAACAAAUAUUGAAUCGAGAUGAUACUAUUACUCAAGUUCAAAAGCAUGCUAAAUUUGCACAAUCGGCAUUGCAAUUUGAGGAUUUUAAAGAGGCUGAAAAACAAUUGACACAAGGUCUAGAAUUAUUGAGAGUUUUAAGAGAACAAGAAGAUGAAUAA